UCUCAACCGCGGCUGCCGCAGGCCCUGUAGGAGGAGCUGCGGCCUCUCCGCCAGGCUCUGCAGGGUCAUGGUUUGCCAUCCUAAGCGGUGCUGAGUUGGGGGCCAAUCUCAGGGGGGGCACGUGCCCCUCCCGUAACCUCCCCUACCAGUCACCUGUGGCUCAGGGCUCUGGGCACACUGACCCUCAGCAUCAUCCAGCCUCACAGAAGGGAGUAGCUCCUCUCUCUACACGCACCCCUCCUCUGUCCAGAGUGCUAGGGAGAGGAAUGGGAGUGACUGGGAAAGGUUAGGGACAGCUCCCAGAACCCAGGAUGCUCCAUUCCUAGUAACCGUGCAAUCCCUGGCUACGUCUGAUGUCAGGAUGGCUAGAGAUUGGCCCCAGCCCACUAAUCAGGCCUUCAUCCACCUCUUUGCAUGCCAAAAUCAAGCUGGUUAAGGGGGCAGGGCAGCUACCAAAGACAAGGGGAUGCGUGCCACGUCUCUCUUGCUGCCCCUUGAAAGCUGGCAGAUGUAAGGCUAUGUCAUUUUGUCUGCGGCGCAUUGUCCUCUGCAGAUAGUGUGAGGCGAGACGACCCACCUCCACUUGAAAGCUCUGCCGGAGGGGAGAAGACGAGAUGGCCGCCCUCAUCGCUGAGAACUUCCGCUUCUUCUCACUCUUCUUCAAGAGCAAAGAUGUGAUGAUCUUCAAUGGCCUGGUGGCUCUGGGAACGGUGGGCAGUCAGGAGAUCUUCUCGGUGGUUGCCUUCCACUGCCCCUGCUCCCCAGCCAGGAACUACAUCUAUGGACUGGCUGCCAUUGGUGUCCCGGCCUUGGCCCUCUUCCUCAUCGGCAUCAUCUUGAACAACCACACUUGGAACCUGGUGGCCGAGUGCCACAAGCGGGGCACCAAGAACUUCUCCAGCCCGGCCACCUUCCUGCUCUUCGGCUCCAUCCUGGGGCGGGCGGCGGUGGCCCCCAUCACCUGGUCCGUCAUCUCAUUGCUCCGUGGAGAAGCCUACAUCUGUGCCCUGAGUGAAUUUGUGGCUCCAACCUCUUUGGACAAGUUUCCAGCUGAGUAUGGAGCAGAAACCCUGGCCAUGUUCCCUUGUAAAGAGGUGCCAACGAACCUGACUCACUUUAAAGAAGAAGUGAUCAGAAGAUUAAGAUACGAGUCUCAGCUCUUUGGUUGGCUGCUCAUUGGUGUUGUUGCCAUCCUGAUUUUCCUCACCAAGUGCUUGAAACACUGCUGCUCGCCGCUGAGCUACCGACAGGAAGAUUACUGGGCCCAGUACCGCUCCAACGAGGCCAAGCUCUUCCGCCGCACCGCUGAAGUCCACUCCAAGAUCCUGGCUGCCGGUAACGUCAAGCAGUUCUUCGGCUUCGUGGCUCUGAACAAGGAGGAGAAGGAGCUGGUGGAGGAGUUCCCAGUGGAGGGGGUCCAGCCAAGCCCACAGUGGAACGCUAUCACGGGGGUCUACAUCUACCGGGAAAACAAGGGCUUCCCACUCUACAGCCGGCUCCAUAAAUGGGCCAAAGGGGUUGAGGGAAACGGACCAGGGCCUGAUGGUCAGGAAAUGGCCUUCCUAGCCGUCUAAGAGCCAGCUGCCCAUGGGAGGAGGGACCAGUUCCCCAUACUCUCUGUCACUUUAUACUCAAAACAAUAUAAUCAACUCAGGUGCACGGUGACCAGAUACGCUGCGAAUGAUCCUCCAGAUAGGAUUAUUCUUCUUAGACCACAGCAAGCAACAGGGCAUCAACAGCUUCUGGAUAAAGACCAGCUGCACUGUGCUGUGCUGGGGAAACAGACCCUGCCUCCCUGGGAUAUGACUGUCACUGCUGCUCCCACUAAGUGGAGCAUAAUGCAGAUGCAUUACCUACUGCCUAGCAAGGCAGCAGUCUCGCAGUUCUGAUGCACAGGCGAACCCUUGGGUCCUGCACAUGCAGGGAUAAAUUGAGGACCAAAGUUGAGGACCAAAUAUCUCAGCAUGGCUGAGGUCCCUGUUUCCCAUCUGUAAAUGCUGCAGCCUCUUUGCAUUCCUUCAUUUCAGAGGGGGGUGGAAAAAAAACAAAAACAAAUCAUACCUUCAUCUUGCAGGUCUACUGUGCCUUUCCUGCAGAAGCACCCACAGCACUUCAGAGACUGUAGCAGAGUGGGAGGGAG